CAUGUCUUUGUGCUUCCUUGCAAGAACAGGGGAAGUAAAUCCGUCUCACAUGUAACCCAAGUGACCUCAGAUUUCAAUGCGUGCUCUUUGGUUGUAAGUCAUUGUGAAGCUCUAAAACAUCACUGAGGUCUUUUCACAAUUAUAAUAUAACAUUUAUAACUAUAACUAAUAAAUGGCCGCGAUCCAGGAGCUCUGUCCAGACUCUGGCCGUGGGGAGACACGACCCCCCGAAGGCGAGAUCGAGGGUGAUGAUGAGGAUGAAGAGUUGGAUGAAACACUGUUGGAGAGGUUGUGGGGUCUCACGGAGAUGUUUCCAGAAUCACUGCAAUCAGCAGCUGAAGUAUCCGCACAGUGUUCGCUAUCUGUAGCCAAAAAACUUUACAGUUUCUCCCGCUCAGCUCUAUGGGUCGGUACUACUUCCUUUAUGAUUCUGGUUCUACCAGUUGUAUUUGAGACUGAGAGGUUACAGCUGGAACAGCAACAGCUACAACAGCAGAGACAGAUUUUGUUGGGUCCAAAUGCUGGCAUGUCUGGAGGAAUGCCUGGAAUGAUGCCUCCUGCUCCUGGGAAGCUGUGAUGAUGUAUAUAUUGUAACAUCCAUGAGUUGUAGAAGAAGAAGGGGAAGGGGAAAGAGAGGGAGCAGGAACCGGAGAAAGGAAGAUGCUGUGGUUGGUCAACAUCAAGAAGUCGUUACUUUGUAUAGUUUCUGUGUACAAUGGAGACCCUGAUGACUUUUAUGAACUUCCCUCUCUCUCUGCCUUUCUCACAGAAACAUUCUGCAUAGACUGUCGUCCAAGCUCUGAUCUUUUACUUUUUUUUUUAUUAUAGCUAUCUAAUAACAUUUCUUUCAGAAAGAGACUAUAACAGCUGUUGGGGAAAGUUUUGACUGUUGUAGGUGCAUUAUAUUUCUAAGAGAGUGUUUACGGUGCAGUGUUGGCCAUUGUAACGCCGGAUCAACACUGAAGUGCAGAGAAUCUAUAACAGCGUUCAAAAGAUCUGUAGUAUUUAUGAGGGCACGCAAGGCCAAUAUUGAUUGUGAAAACAGAUUAUCGUUGUUUCUUGUUUUUUGAUCCAUAAAUGUUCAAACCUUUAGAGGUGGUUCUCUGCCAACAGUGUCUUUUAAGGUGAUGAUACACUGGGCAACUUUUUUGAGCAAUGUUGCUUGGGCACUUACCUAUUGAGAAUGGGCAACCAUUUUUAUCUGGAUACUUUAGAUCGGUCGUGGGCCCUGUGUCUCAGCUGGUUGCCCGUUGACAGCAACAUUGCUCAUCAACAUUGCUCAAAAAGUUGCCCCGUGUAUCAUCACCUUUACAGGUAGAACUAAUGCACUUCUGCAUUGUUAUUCCUCAGACAAAAGCCAUACAGUGUGCAGAACCAUUGUGAAAUAUUUAAGAAUGUUUCAAAACAUUGUACUUUAGUCAAUAAUAAUGUUUGCUACACAUGACAGGAAUAAAAUCAAGUUCUCCAAU